UAUAAGGGGGCUAAUUAACCGACAAUUUGGCCUUCGCCAAGAAGGGGUCAUUUCAAACGAUAGUAUCUUAUGCUUACGAGCGAAGCCCGCCAACAAUUUCCCAGCGAAACCCAGAAAAUGUCACCGGGAACAACGAGUGCCACCGCCUCUUCACUCUUCCGCUGAACCCAAAAUUCAACAUUGCCAAAUAGCAUUAUAUACCUUUUGAAUCAGUCGGAAGAUUCGAAGAAAUGUCAUUGAGGACAUUUAUCGAACACAUUCCGUCCUCUACUUUCUCCCUAAAAUCUCUACCUUUUCUUCGCUCUUUCUCCUCACUAGCAAAUCGUCAAGACCCGUGCGAGCGAAGCCCGCGAACUCAUCAAGACCCGUACUCUCUUCUUAAAGAAGACCCAAUUGAAAUAUGCACUUCUCUUUGGGUCAAAUCCUUCUCUUCACCUCCACAGGCCACCUUCCAAAACCUAACCGGUUUCCUGUCAAAACUCGAUAUUUGGGUCCUCGCUUACCAGCGAUCCUGUGCUCACAUUACUGGAACAUUCCCUCCUCGAAGCGCUUUCCACUCCCACACUCUUCAUUCUCUCCUCUCCCUCCAAAAAGAAGUCGUUCACAACCGUUUCAAAUGGAACGACAAGACUCACCAAAUCAUCCGCAGUCCAAAUGACAACCCGUUCAACAAACUUGUCUCCAAAACGAAGCUCAAAGCAAUGCUGGACUCGAACGAUCCAUGCUUUCAGGAUCGGGUGGUUCAGGAAGUUCUACUAAUGGUGCUGGAACCAUUUUUUGAAGCGCGGUUUUCGAGUAAGUCUCACUCGUUUAGACCUGGCAGAAAUGCACACACUGUAAUUAGGACAAUAAGAAGUAACUUUGCAGGAUAUUUAUGGUUUUUGAGAGGUGAUAUAAGUGAGAUUUUUUAUUCUAUUGAUGAUAAUGUUGUCUUAGAAUGCGUUGAAAAGGUUGUUAAAGAUAAGAAAGUGUUAAAUUUGAUAAAAACUGCGCUUAAAACACAAAUUAGGAGUCAACAAUCACAAAAGAUCGGUGACAAUGAAGAGUUGAGGAGGAAGAAAAAGAAGAGGGUUACAAAAAAGAAGAUUUUGAAUGAGAAUGAGCCAAAACCUGACCCUUACUGGUUGAGAACUUUCUUUGAUUUUGCUCCAGAGGAGGCAGUGAAGGUACCUAAUUACGGUUAUUGUGGGAUUUUGAGUCCAUUGCUUGCCAAUGUUUGUCUUAAUGAAUUGGACCAAAUGAUGGAAGCGAAGAUUGUUAAGUUCUUUAGGCCAAAUAAGCUUGAUUCCAUAUGGAGAGACUCAAUUGAUGAUGGGUGUCAUAACCCUUCUUGGCCAGAGUUCGUCCCAUCCAGUGGAAAAGAAAAAACCCGGAAAAUGGAUUACAUCCGAUAUGGAGGUCAUUUUCUGAUUGGCAUUCGAGGCCCCAGAGAGGAUGCAGUGCAAAUUCGGAAGGAAAUCAUCGAGUUUUGUGAUGCUAAGCUUGGGAUCAGGUUGGAUAAUUCUAAAAUUGAGAUUGAACACAUAACAAGGGGAAUUCAGUUUUUGGAUCAUAUAAUUUGCCGAAGAGUGAUAUACCCCACACUUCAUUACACAGCAAGUGGAGGCAAAAUUGUGAGUGAAAGGGGUGUGGGGACUUUACUUUCAGUUACUGCUAGCUUGCAACAGUGUAUUCGCCAAUUUAGGCGCCUUCAGUUUGUUAAAGGUGAUAAGGAUCCAGAGCCGUUGCCCUGCAAUCCUAUGCUCUAUUCAAGUCAAGCUCAUACUAAUGCCCAAAUGAACAAGUUUCUUGAGACCAUGGCUGAUUGGUAUCGAUAUGCUGAUAAUCGAAAGAAAGUUGUUGGAUUUUGUGCAUAUGUGAUACGCAGCUCAUUGGCGAAACUUUAUGCUGCCAGGUAUAGACUAAAAUCUCGUGCUAAGGUAUACAAGAUUGCUUCGCGUGAUCUCAGUCGACCACUGAGGGAGAGUAGUAACAAUUCUGCACCCGAGUAUUCUGAUCUUUUGAGGAUGGGACUUGUGGAUGCAAUUGAAGGUGUUCAAUUCUCCCAUAUGUCUUUGAUUCCGUCUUGUGAUUACACUCCAUUUCCAAGGAACUGGAUCCCAGAUCAUGAACGGGUUUUGCAUGAAUACAUUAGACUACAAGACCCAAAAUUCUUUUGUGAGUUAUGGAGAUCAAUAAAACAUCAAAGUUUAACUUUGCCUCAAGAUGAGAUAUCUGAGAUUGUCUGGGAUUACAAGACUCUUGGAAUCCGAAGGUACCAAUCUAGUGGUGAAAAAGAGCCAAAUAAUGCUUCUGAAAAGUUGGACGAGACUUCAUAAAUUCUGCUGUAAAUUAGUACAUUAAUUAUUUGAUGGACUAAUAGAAUUCUUGGAAUUGUCUACCUUAAUGACACUACAGCGCAAGCAAGAGAACUUGCUUUCACAGUAGGUAGCAGCAACUCCUAUACCUACCGCUGCUUGCAAGGGAACUGAAUCCAUGGCAGCUAGCGAUGUGAUUGGAGUAGAUCAGGAAGUCCUCUUUAUCGCAUAUUUGGGCAAGAAUUGAAGCAGUACAUACAAGCACCGCCAGGAAAAAGGACUUUAGAUGGGAGAUCCUUUGGACAGGAAUGAGUAAAAUUUGAUAUUGAUUUCCCAUCAGGAACUGAUGCAAUUUGGAAACAGAAAAUAGUAGUGGAAAAUGAUUUUAGCUGCUGCUGCAAAGAUGGGUGGCUACUCCUAUGAGCAGUUAAAACUGUCAAGACAGAAGUACGCAGGAGCUAGAAGAAGGCACAGAAACCAAUUGGGAGAAACAUAAGAGGAGAUGGUUUUAUAUAUAAAAGAGGUGGAGCGAAUUUGAGCAUGUAGUCAUUUGACACUCAAUACAUCCUUAGUUUCAUAGCAAAGAUUUUAAUGACCAAGUGAGCGAGCUUGGAAUUUCUUACACUCGAAGUGUCUGGCACAGUAACUUGUCAGUACUUAGAGCCCUUGCUAAUCCGAAGGUACCGAGCUUGGCAGUUUACAACGAAAGCAUGAUCGAAAUUCAUUUUAUAAAUUUUGGUCUUACUUUAUUUGCAAGGAUAUAAAAUAAAUUUUGGUCUUAUUUUUUUUUGCAAGGAUAUAAAAUAAAUUUUCAUA